AUGGUCGGUAUAGCAGCCAUGCAGCAUAUGCACAAAUCUGAACGAGAGGUCGCCGUUGCUGAGGCACCCGCGCUUCGACGUGUCAUUUGGUACAAGGACCCCGGUUUGAGGAAGCUCUAUGGCAUGGCAAUCGCGCUGUUCUUCGCUUCGGCGACGACAGGAUAUGACGGGUCCAUGCUGAACGGUCUCCAAAUCCUCGACGUGUGGCAAGACUACUUCCACCAUCCCACAGGAUCGAUCCUCGGUCUCUUCGGGUCGAUUUACAGCAUUGGCAGUCUCGCAGGGCUACCAUUUGCACCAUACUUGUGUGAUAUCUGGGGCCGGCGCAUUGCUAUUAUAGCAGGGUGUGUUUUCCUCUUUGCUGGUGUCGCUAUCCAAAGCGCCUCUCAAAAUUUCUCCAUGUUCAUUGCUGGCCGUUUCUUCGUCGGAUUUGGGAACAGCAUGUGUUCCAAUUCGGCCCCUCUCCUCCUGACCGAGCUGUGCCAUCCGCAACAUCGCGGAAGGGUGACGACCGUCUACAACCAGCUUUGGGAUAUCGGAUCCAUUGCAGCCACGUGGAUUACCUUUGGUACAUUUACCAUGAAGAAUAACUGGUCGUGGCGUAUCCCUUCAAUCCUCCAGGCUUUCCCGACAUUCAUACUGUUCUGCUUCAUCUGGGUGAUCCCAGAGUCACCCCGAUGGUUGAUAUCCAAAGAUCGCCAUGCCGAGGCUCUGACAACUCUCGCAAAGUAUCAUGCGAAUGGGAACGAAAUGGAUCUCACCGUUCAGUUUGAGUACCGCGAAAUCAGGGAAACCCUCCGCCUCGAAUUUGAGUCAAAGAAGUCUAGCAGCUUCUUGGAUUUCCUCAGGACGAAGGGCAACCGAUACCGAAUGUUACUCGUCAUUGCUCUUGGUCUCUUCUCCCAAUGGAGUGGCAAUGGCUUGACCAGCUACUACUUUGCCCUCGUGAUGAAGAGUAUUGGUGUGACAGACAAGCACGAACAAUUCGAGAUCAAUGGCUCCAAGACUAUCCUUUCGCUCAUUGUCGGAUUGAUUGCCGCGGCAGUUGUCGAUCGAUUCGGCCGGCGACCACUAUUCUUGACCGCGACCUUUGGCAUGUUCGUCUCCUUCGUCCUUUGGACGGCGUGCUCUGCUCUGUACGACCUCGACGGCAACCUUGCAGCGGGAAAGACAGUCAUCUUCUUCAUCUUCCUUCAUGGUGUCUUCUACAACAUAGCUUGGUCCGGUCUGCUCGUGGGGUAUACAGUGGAGAUAAUGCCGUACAAAUUGCGUGCAAAGGGUCUUAUGCUCAUGAAUUUUUUCGUCCAAGCUGCUCUUGUGUUCAAUCAGUAUAUCAACCCCAUCGGCCUGGGACAUCUAGAACCUCGCUGGAGAUUCUACUCGAUCUAUUGCGGCUGGCUCCUUUUCGAAGUUAUCUUCGUGGCUUUCUUCUUCGUCGAAACGCGCGGCGUCACGCUUGAAGAGGUUGCCAAGAUCUUCGACGGCGAGGACGCAGAGGUUGCACACGUCGACCUGGACGUCGUGGAGGAGAAGGUGCAACACGUGCAGCAGGUCGAGGAGGUGGGGGUCACAACACUCCCCCAGCAUGCUGACAAGGUCUGA